UCUUAAUAUUUAAAAAAUUUAAUGUAAAAGUGAAUUAAAUUAAAAAAAUGUAUUCAUAUUUCAUGAUAAUUACUACAUUUACAGUAAUAUUAAGUAACAUUCAUUUAGGAAAUGGCAUUGAAACUUAUACAACAUUUGAAGGAGAGUCAAUUGUAUUACAAUGUAGAUUUAAUAUUGCUGAUUAUGAUCGUGAUGAUUUAGAAAUUUUUUGGUUAUACCCUGAUGAUACGGAUUAUGAAAGAAUAAAAUGGUUUACGGAAUUUCAAAGAAAUAGUCUAUUAACUUUUAUAGAGAUCAAUAAUGUUACAAAAAUUAAAGAUUCUGGAAAUUAUUCUUGUAUUUUAAAUAAUAAAGGAGAAUAUUUGACGGAAAAAUUUAUUACUUUAGAAAUUCAAAAAGAUAAUGUAAUUACAAAUGAUGAAAUUGAUGGCCGUAUUCAUAAUUUUAAUACAAUAUCAAAUAAUGGACCAGAAAAUCUUUUUCAAAAUGAUACAUUUAACAAGAUACGUAAAAUACAGAAUACAGAAAAUGUUGAAAUGAAGGAGACAACUAAUCAAAAUAAUGAAAAUAUUAUAAUUCCAAUAAUAGCAGGAGUUUCAGCAUUAAUUAUAGCAAUACUAUUCAUAUUUGUUAUUGUACUGUUGAUUGUUGUACGUAGAAAAUUGAAAAGUAAAUCAGAUACUAAAACGGAAAGCAGUGUUUCUUACAACAAUAGUGGAAAAGCUUAAGUAAUGUCUACAAUAUCACUAACAUUUAUUUUUUUUAAAUAUUUUUAAGUAAUUUGUAUAAAAAGAUUUUUAAUUUUAAAUUUUGUAUAAAAGAAAUCAGUAAUAUCUAA